GGGACUUCGAGAGAGACGGCGACUAAAGCCGCCGAUUCACCUGCACUCCUGCAGCGGGGGGACAGACAGACAUCCAGCAUCCGAAAGCUGGACGCUGUGGCAGAACGGAGACAGGAGACAGGAGAAGGGUUUUCUUUAAAAACCUUUCUCUGGAGAAACAACAAGCUGAGAUGAAAGUCCAAUAACACGCUUUUUUUCCACUUCUUUUUACAACCUGUGUCUCUUAACACAUCUCGGAGGCAACAGCGUUUAAACAACACUCUCCAACUCUCUCCACGUCUGGAGGAAUUUCCGAUAGUUUCACCCACCAACAACAACCGGCAACAAUGUACCGCUCAACCAAAGGAGCAUCCAAGGCUCGCCGGGACCAGAUCAACGCCGAGAUCCGGAACCUGAAGGACUUGUUGCCCAUCUCCGAGGCAGAUAAAGCUCGGCUGUCAUACCUGCACAUCAUGUCACUCGCCUGCAUGUACACCAGGAAAUCCGUCUUCUUCACUCAAGAAGGCGGUCUCGAGGAGAGUGCAGGCUUUCUGUCUUUCCACGAGCUGUCGGAGUUGAUGCAGGCGCUGCCGGGGUUUCUGAUGCUGCUGACCGGGGAGGGGAAGGUCCUGUACCUGUCAGACAGCGUCUCCGAGCACCUCGGACACUCCAUGGUGGAUCUUGUGGCACAGGGGGACAGUGUGUAUGAUAUCAUCGACGCCUCAGAUCACUUUAUCAUGAGGAACAACCUGGCAACCUCCACGUCCCUUGAGAUGGACCGUCUCUUCCGCUGCCGUUUCAACACCUCCAAGUCUGUGAGGAGGCAGAGUGCUGGGAACAAGAUGGUUCUGAUCCGAGCUCGCUGCCUCUCCCCUCCCAUCGCCUCUUCUGCCACCGGGUCCUACUGGACAUCCAACCCGGUCUGGGUGUGUUUCUGCUCCCCUCUGGAGCCCCACCCAACCCGCUCCAGUCCCGGGGCAGAGAGGGAGGGGACCUCCACCUCCACCUCGACCUCCACCUCCACCCCUCCCCUGGCUGAGACCAACUUGUUUCUGGCCUGCUUCCACUCCCAGCAUGGCCGGGACAUGAGGCUGCAGACUGCCCAGGAAAGUGUGAGCGCCUAUCUUGGCUUUGAUGUGACAGCUUUACGCUCCUGCUCCUGGUACAGCCUCCUCCACCCACAGGAUCUGUCACAUGCCUCCGCUCAGCACCGCAGCCUAUUGAGAGAGGGAGGAGAGGGCAGAGCUGAGAUGGUGGUGCGUGUGCAAGCUCAGGACCAGUCGUGGGUUUGGCUCUACAUGGUGCUUCAGCUGCAGCCUGGAGAAAUCCCCAUCAGCAGCAAUAACUACAUCAUCAGUGAGUCUGAGGCCUGGUCAGUACGUCAGCAGCUCAGCUCAGAGCAGACCCAGCUGACCCUGGUUCUGAGUGGUAGCACCUCUCAGCAAGAGGGUAUGAGCCUCCAGUCUCCAGAAACCCUGUCCAGCCCAGACCAGGUCUUCACCCCAGGCAGCAGCGGCCUGUCAGCCCAGUCCUUUGACUUCAGCACCGCCGGCUGCAGCGUGGGCUCCUCUGACGAACCGGGGAGCUCUGCUGCUGAAGCCAUGCAGGUGGAGGGAGACCCUCGCUCCAGUAUCUCUUCUCUGGAGGAAGAAAGCUUCUUUCAGCAGCAUCCCAUUGAAAGCCCCUCCGCCGCCUCCUCCCCCACCCCAGUCACUGUUGAAACAGUAGCAGACUUAGACUUUUUGACCCAGAACAUUCUCCUGCCGCCAUCCUUCCAGCUCAACCCUCCGCUGCCAGCUCUCCCCCUGCCUCUCCCCCCCGUCCCCGCCUCACAAGCUCAGCAGACCAAAGAGUUUGUGUGCACCCCACCCUACACUCCCCACGUCACUGGGCCUAGCUUCCCGUUCGGUGAACCCCUCUUCAGCUUUGACCCCGCUGGCACCACCACUCCUCCGCCCUCUGCUACAACCGCCACCGCCACCGCCACCGCCACCACCUCAUUGGCCCCUUCCUCUUCAGCCCCACCAACCACCGCCUCCAGCCCCUCUCCCCCCACCACCCUGUCCACCAAGUUCCCCCUCACGCUCCCCACUCCAUCCACUGACUUCCUCUUUGGCGAGCAUGGCAGCGGUGGCCUUUAUGAGAAGCUGCCCCCCACACCUGACAGCCCCGGAGAUGGCGACUGCAUAGUGAUGACCCUGCCCGAGGUUAGGGGUCCACUGUAUGUAGACGUACCAAUGGGGCCCCUCCAGUGUCCCCCGGAGGGCCUCCUCACCCCUGAGGCGUCACCCGGUAAACAGCCCGGCCUCUCCUUCUUCUCCCUGGAGAGAGAGAGGGAGAAGGAGAGGGCCGAGAUCUCCCUCUUAGCUCAGCACAUCAGCUCCCUGGCAGAGGGAUUCUACCUGGAUCCACUCCUGUCCAAACUCUCUCCCCCCUCCAUGUCACCCUCCUCCUCCCCUCCCUCCCCCUUCCUGUCUCCCACCAUAGAAACCACCGACGUUGAUUCAGUCCACAUGCUUAGGGAGUUUUAUCCCAUCAAAGCAUGGAGAAGUCUGGACAUUCCCAUGUUCCUCGACGACGAUGACUCUCUGUUUGAAGAGAGCAUCCUAGAAACCCUCCUCCAAGACAGCUUCCUUCCUCCUCAGUCCCCCAUCAUUUCCUCUUCCUCGUCCCCCUCCCACAUGCCCAAUCCCUCCAGCCCAAUCUCUCCUCAAACCCCAGUGUGCUGGCUCCAACCCUCCCAGUUUGAGGGAGUGGGCCACUUCUGUAGCGUCCAAUCGGCGCAAUGUAACUCCAUGGCUGGGAGCGGGUCGACUAUGGCUGCUGAGGCCGGGGCGACGGUGGAAGGGGAGGGGCUGGCGGAGGAAGCAAUGGAGAUCGAGGUGGUGUCAUCUCCUGUGUCCUCUUGCUCCUCCAUCCCAGCUUCCCCUCCCCUCAUCCUCACCGCCUCCCCCUGCCCUGCCACCUCCACGCCCAUCGUCUCGCCCACGCCCGCUGUGUCUUGCAAUCAGUCCCUCCUGGAGGAACUGGCUGUCCUGGAACCCAUGUUUGGGGCAGGUGCCUCGAUCGCCCCUGGCUUAGGGCAACAACCUGAGUUGUAUCAACUCCAAUGUCAUCCAUCGCCACAGUGCUUCCACAAAGAUGGGAGUGGAAGUGUUCCUCCGUUCUAAAAUAAGUCUGUGACUUACUUCAUUAAGUAUGGCAUAUUGUCAUAUUUUGUGGAGCCCCUUUUACUGCAAAGUAAAAAAUGAUUAAGUGUAUAAAUAUACAUAAUGUAUAUACAACUUAAGGACUUUAACUCCUACAUGUCUCCUAAGAACAAAGAUUGGCUUUAUAUUUUUGUUCAGUCAUUAAUCUGUAUACUACUACAAAACUGGUUCAACAUUUACAUGAUGGUUCAACCACAUGGACCCAUAACUGACUGGGUUUUGAGUCCAUGUGGUGUCUUUUCAGCUUCUCUGUAACACGAGCUUCAGAUAUGAUCAGACAGGGAAACUUCUCUGAACUUGUAAGCGCUGUUUAACUUCCAGAUGCGCAUUUGUAUUCACUCGUAGUGAAAAAUCUGUUGUGAACAAAAAAAAAAAAAUCUUGCUAUUUCAAUAGAGAGAUGAAUUAUAGCACUUUUGCCUGACAUGCAGCAUCGCAAACCCAAACCUUAAACGAACUGGAAGUCAAAUGUUUACAAUUUUUUACAUCCUUAGGAUGACCACUAUCAGUACAUCAGAAUAAGAACUCUUCUAUCGAGUCUUCAGAGCCAGUACAGCUCUGAUUUGAUAGCACUCUUCAGCCUUAAAGGCAACAUCAAAACUCAUAAUCAACUUUAAACCAGAAGUACUUUGAGCUUUGAGUUUGCGGCUUCAAACCUUUAACAUUUCAUAUUUAUCUCUCCAUCUAAAAUCUUGUGUAUCAAUGUGAUGUGCAAAACAAAAAGAAGAAAACAUGUGAAGAGAUCCUGGCAUGUGAAGAUCUCGAGGAUGUCUAUUGCUUUACGAGAUGUAACACCAAACAAGCCGGACCUCUGAACAUGCCACAACUCCACUGCUACGUCGUACUGUACAUUAGACUCUGAAUGUGGGCUCUCCAGGUCCCUGCUGGCCUGAGGGCAGUCGGCUGGAUAUCGCUGCAGCAUCAAUAUUUGCAAUGCUGGCAGCUUAUAGCGGCUCCUGUGUGCCUGAAAACGGCCCUGACCUGCUGAACUCUUUACCACGUCCAUGUCAACAUGGACAUUUUACAUCGUUGCUCCACUGGAGCGCGGUGUAGCGAGGCACAAUUGACUAUGUGAAUGAGCGAUUCUUCUUUUUUGAGAGGGGUUAGAAUACAAAAAGUUUUGUUUUAAAAAAUGAAAAUAGGGAUGGGGUGCUAUUUCUAUUCAGUUACCAAGCGACACGGGUUGAGAAUGGUACUAUUCCCAUGGUGUCGACAUGCUCACGUAGAGUUGUCUACGGUCAAGUAAAGGAUUGAUUCCUACGUUCUAGCUAUUAAAGGCUAAGUUAAUAUACAUGUGUAAAAUUACUAUAUUGUACUUGUGAUAUUUGAAAAAGAUGUUAUUGCAUAUGCAUUAUGUCUGUGAUGAUAUAGGCAUAUGUUCUUUUCAGAAAGGUUGUACACAUUUGUACAUUUGUAUGAAACAGCUAUUGGUCUGUAUAUAUAUAUGAGAAAGAGAUUUUUAUUGCAUAAGAUGGAAUAUAUUCUAAACAUCUUACUUUACUGCAGAAUGGACAUUGUGGAUCAGUGUUCUAUUGUGUUGCUUAUAAGUGUAUUUGAUUGUCAUACAAAUGCAUUUAUAUUAAAAGUGCACUUAAUGCGGC